GCCAACCUUAUAAAUUGGUUUUGACAUAUUUUACAGAAAUUUAAAAUUUAUUGUUAUUUUUUAAACACAAAAUGGCAAGUAAAGAAGAAAUUGUAGAUAAUGAUAUUCAAACCCUAUCUGAUUUAUUUGAUAAAGGAUUAAAGUUAUACAAUGAAAUUGGAAAUAAUCAACUGCCUUCAAAUAGCAUGGAAUUUCAGUUAGAUGUCAAGAAAGCAAUUAAAAUCUUCGAAAAAUCAACCCAGUUGGUGUCGAUAGCAGACGUUUUUAGCAAGAAUGAAGGAUUUGAGGAGGUGGCAUCAAACGAUUUAAAAUAUUUUCUGUUGCCUGCCUUAUUAGGAUCGCUAGUUUUAAAACUUACAAGUGGAGAUAGAAGACAGAUAGUGGAUGUUGCAGAAGUCUACUUUAAAGACUUCUUGAAUAGAACAAAUGAUUAUGGGUUGAGUAAUUUUGUUUUUAAAGACAAAGAAAAUGUUGGUCAAGAAGUGGAGAAGAUUAGAGAACCAAGACAAAAUGAGUUGGAUCAGCUUGCUGAUGCUGUAAAUACAAGAGCACACAAAAUUCAGAGGUACAAGGAACAGAAUCAGUUGAAAGCCAAAUUGGAGGAGUUGAAAAAUAAUAUGGAGAAUGAGAAUAUUGAUGAUGAUGUCAAAAAGAAUUAUUUUUUGACUAUGAUUAAGUUGUUCAUUCACGAGGCUAUAGAUGAGUUGGGUAGUAUUGAUAUGGAAAAACCCAUUUUGGAGCAUAUGGCCAACAUAAAGAAAGAUGAUGAGACUGUUAAACCUCUAAAGAGACCUCCAGCACCAUUGAAGCCUUUUAUUAUAACAAGGGAUGAGGUUCAGAAAGCUGUGUAUGGAGCUGGUUAUCCUGGAUUAGCUACUAUGACAGUUCAGGAGUUUUAUGAUAAGAGAGUUGCUGAUGGUGUUUUUCCUGAUCCAACCAAACCACCAAACAGGAAUCCAAAUACUAUGAGCCUACAGGAAAAAGCACUUGCCGGCGUUCCCAUAAAUGAUGAAGAAAGUGAUCAAGCACGCGAAGAAAGUUUAGUAGAAGAAGAUGACGAUGAAAAUUUGGCAAGGAUGAGAGCAAAGGAUGAAUUUAAGGAUGAACACAGAAGAGGGUGGGGAAAUAGAAUGAAUAGAAGUUAAGAUUAUUUAUUGAUGAAAUUUUUGUAUAAAUACUAACCACUAAUUUUAUGUACUUUAGCAAACCAAUAAAAAAAC